AUGGACGGAGUCACAGAAUUGGCCAAUAAAAGGCUGUUAAACAGAAUCAGCGCCGGAGAGAAAAAGACGAAAUAUGAAGAUGUUCAGCAGCUGAUUGGUCAUCCAGAAGGGGGGAGCUCCACUUUGAAGCAGGAGACUCCACAACCACCCUGCAUUAAAAAGGAAGAGGAGGAACUCUGCAUCACUCAGGAGGGAGAGUGUCUUCUAGGACCACAGGAGGCUGAUCUCACCAAGUUGCCACUGACUGUUGUCUCUGUGAAGACUGAAGAAGAUGAAGAGAAACCACAAGUAGACAACCUCUUAGCUCCACUAUCAGAUAGUGAGCCUGAAGACGAGGUUGAAGAACCUUUGAGCAGCGAUACAGACUGUGAAGGUGAUAUGAGGACUCACACGGACAUCAAACACUCUGAACCCUCUAAAAAGAAGAGAGACGUCCAGCAGCUGAUUGGUCAUCCAGAAGUACUUCCCCCUCAGUCAGGGGGGAGCUCCACUUUGAAACAUGAGACUCCGAAUCCACCCCACAUUAAAAAGGAAGAGGAGGAACUCUGGAUCACACAAGAGGAAGCUGAUCUCACCAAGUUACCACUGACUGUUGUCUCUGUGAAGACUGAAGAUGAUGAAGAGAAACCACAAGUAGACAACCUCUUAGCUCCACUAUCAGAUAGUGACACUGAAGAUGAUGUUGAAGAACCUUUGAGCAGCGAUACAGACUGUGAAGGUGAUAUGAGGACUCACACUGACAACAAACACUCUGAAUGCUCUACAAAGAAGAAAAGCAAAACAGGUUUGAGCUGCUCAGUUUGUGCUGAAAGUUUUACUAAAGGGAGUCUCUUGACUCAACACAUGAGAACGCACACAGGGAAAAAAAAAUUUUAUUGCGCAGAUUGCGGUAAAAUCUUUGUUUCCAGACAAUGUUUAACACGGCACAUGAGAACACACACUGGACUCAAACCAUAUAAUUGUUUAGUUUGUGGUAAAAGCUUUACUAGAAACACCUACAUGACUCAACACAUGAGAACACACACAGGGGAGAAACCAUUUAACUGUUCAAUUUGCGGUAAAAGAUUUUCUCGAAACAGCUACUUGACUCCACACAUGAGAACGCACACAGGCGAGAAACCAUUUAACUGUUCAGUUUGUGGUAAAAAGUUUUCUAUUAAUAACCGUUUGACUGAACACAUGCGAACGCACACAGGAGAAAAAACAUUUAGUUGCUCAGUUUGUGGUAAAAUCUUUGUUUCCAGACAAGGUUUGACUCGACACCUAAUGACGCACAGUGGACUGAAACCAUUUAAUUGUUCAGUUUGCGGCAAAGGAUUUUCUCGAAAUAGCUAUUUGACUCAACACAUGAGAUUACACACAGGAGAAAAAACUUUUAACUGUUCGAUUUGUGGUAAAGGCUUUUCUUUCAAGAGCAAUUUGACUGAACACAUGAAAAAACACAGCAAAGAAAGGACAUUUAGUUGUUCAGUCUGCGGCAAAAGAUUCCAUCGUAAUUCAGACGCAGUAAAACACAUAAGGACACACAAGAGAAAAUAACCAAUUAGCUGUUUAGUUUGUGUCAUGUUGCUCAUAUGUGGCGACAUCCACCCAAACCCAGGACCUCCUCAAAAUAAAUUCACUGCUUCUUCCACAAAUAUUUGCGGUAUUUGAACAAAUUGGGAUUAUCUGGAGCAUAAUCUUGUCUUCUGUGUAUCUGAAACUUUCCUGAAUAGUAAGAUAGAUUAUGCUUGUAGUGCUUGGUUACUUCUUUUCAGACCUGAUGAGUCUAGCUGGGGAAGAACUGUAGUCUUCUUCAGUGAUACUUUUACCGCCUCCAGAAUGUCUGACUUUGAACACCAACAACAUGAAUUGAAUAGCCUGAGGCCUCAUUGUGUGGCAAAACAACAAAAAAAUGUUGUACGCACAAAAACUGUAGAUGUACUAAAGUGUGUGCACGGAUUAAUCAACGAUCAUCAAUCAAUGUGAAAUUGACACUCCGUGUCCACGCCCCCGUUUAAUUAAAUCAUAUUUAAAUUAGCCAUGCGUCUGAGAUCUCCCACUCUGCACAGUCAGAAAACACAAAAAUAAUGAGCAAGACGGUGAAAAAGGAGAAUUUCACCGACAGUGAGUUGGAGCCUUCCCGGUAAGGUAUAUUCAGGUGUGCUGGAGAGGAGGCUACGCCGGAUAGUCGAACCUCGGAUUCAGGAGGAACAGUGUGGUUUUCGUCCUGGUCGUGGAACUGUGGACCAGCUCUAUACUCUCGGCAGGGUCCUUGAGGGUGCAUGGGAGUUUGCCCAACCAGUCUACAUGUGCUUUGUGGACUUGGAGAAGGCAUUUGACCGUGGGGGAGUGCUCAGAGAGUAUGGGGUAUCGGACUGUCUGAUUGUGGCGGUCCGCUCCCUGUAUAAUCAGUGUCAGAGCUUGGUCCGCAUUGCCGGCAGUAAGUCGGACACUUUUCCAGUGAGGGUUGGACUCCGCCAAGGCUGUCCUUUGUCACCGAUCCUGUUCAUAACUUUUAUGGACAGAAUUUCUAGGCGCAGUCAAGGCGUUGAGGCGAUCCGGUUUGGUGGCUGCAGGAUUAGGUCUCUGC